AUGAAAACAAGAGAGUUAGUGCUUCACUCAACAAUGUCAGGUACGUAUGGUUCAUUGGUUCAUUUGAAAUAUGUAACCGUUUAAUCUCCAAGUCAUUGUACCUACGAGCAAGUAGCAUCAUAAAGGACGUGUGCUACUGUGCUUCCAUGGCCAGCAACGAUUUGAAGAACGUGUUACGUGUAUUUUAAGAAUUAAGACAACUACCCACGCUGAGAACCAACAGUUUGAAGAAUCUGUCACAAAGGACGUGUAUUUCAAGAUAAACACGUCGAAGUACGCGUUCUUCGUCCUCCCAAAUAGACCAAAAACAAAGAUCCGAAGACAAUUCCUCAUCUGUCAAAUACUGUGCUUUAUUGCAUUUCCGAUGUUUAAUCUUGGAUCAACAUUCAACAAUCUUCGUUUUGGUUAUACAAAGCUACUGAAAUAUGUAAAUAAAACUUCAACUAUAUUUUGAGCGAAGGAAGUUAGUUCCUGUAUAAUCCUAAACUUGCAAAUCUUCUUGUUUUUUUUCUGUAGAUGAGACUAUAACAUCAGAAAAAGUGACAGGUCAUGUAAAAUGGUUUAAUAUUAGUAAAGGGUUUGGUUUUAUCACCAGAGAUGAUGAUGGUGGUGAUGUUUUUGUUCAUCAGGUAAAUGUCUCCACUGCUAUCUAAAUCUUAGCUUCCACUUCAUCAUAUAAAUAUAUCGUAAACUGUCAUGUGUAUCGUAGUCAUUAAUAUAUAGUUCCUUCCUGGUUCUCAGGAAACAAAGAAUUAAGCCUCGUUUACACCGUCAAAGUUUCUCUGAUCACAGUAGGAAUUGACAAUUUGCAUGUUAGACUAGAUUUUAAUCUAAGUAAGGAGAAGGGAAUCGAACACCACAGCUAAAAAGAACACAAUGAAAUUAUUAAAAUUGCAAAAUUUGGUUGCGAAAUGAUAUAAAGCUUGGAAAAUACAGUCUUGCAAAGUUUGCCUAUUUUGUAUAUGUUUGUAUUACGUACGGAAAUUGUUUCCAUUUUCGGCUCAAAAAUGGUAACAAUUUCCGCACGUAAUACAAACAUAUACAAAAUAUGUAAACUUCGCAAGGCUAUAUUUUCCGUAUUUUAUAACAUUUCGUAACCAAAUUUUGCAAUAUUACUAAUUUUAAUAAAUUCUUUGCGGGAAUUUACUUUUUUUUGCCUAGAUCAAAAAUUAGUCUAACAUGCAAGUUGUCUAUUUUGCACAGGUAAAUUCUAAGUUUUGAUGGAUUUGUAAGAAGUCUAAGAAAUGUUUGAUGGAACACCGAGUCAGGUCCCUCAAACACUUCUCAUAAAUCCAUCAAAACUUAGAAUUUACCGAUGCAAAAUUCCUCCUGUGAUCACAGAAACUUUGAUAGUUAUGCCAAACCAGCAUUUACAGCAUGUUUCAAUGCCUUACGUUCAAAGUGAAUAACAGUAGCGUACUUCUUGUAUUUUUUGAGCAAAACGUUUUACUUUUAGAGUGCAAUCAAAUCUGAAAGUUUUCGAAGUUUAUCCGAAGGCGAGCCAGUCGAGUUUAUAAUUGUGCAAAGUUCUCGAGGUGACGUAGCAGGUGACGUCAGUGCACCAGGGGGUGGGACAGUACAAGGCUCAUCACGGGGGGAGCGGAGGAACAAAGGAGCACGACGAUACAGUAAGAAAUGUUAUAACUGUGAUGAAAAAGGACAUAAGAUUAACGAAUGUCGGAAACCACGACAAACAAAGCGAUUUUGUCACAAUUGUGGUUCUAUUGAACACGUGAUACGACAUUGUCCUGCGCUGCUACAAUUGUUUACCAAGCUUAGUGGUUUUCAAACCAAAAACCUGCCUUGA